AUGGUAUCCCUCAAGCAGGCAUUGGUUGCCGCUACUUGCAUCACGUCCUCUCUCGCCGUAGACGUCCUCGUGCAAUCUUCUGGAGGCAAUGUCACCGGCAAGUUUGGACAUCCUUACGGUUACGGUUUUCUUCAUGAGGACAUUAAUAAUUCCGGCGACGGCGGCAUCUACGCGGAAUUGAUACAGAACCGCGCUUUCCAGUACAGCAAAAGGUUCCCAGUGUCAACGGCCCACUACUUUCCUGUCAAUGGCGCAAAAUUCAGCAUCCAGAACGGAACGGCACCGCUUUCGAAAGCGUUACCUGCCUCCUUGCGAGUUACCGCUACUAAUAAGACCGGCAAGGCUGGUUUCAAGAAUGAGGGCUACUGGGGCAUUGAUGUCCGGCAACAAAAGUACACAGGAUCUUUCUGGGUCAAGGGCGCUUACAAUGGAUCGUUCACCGCAGCUCUCGAGUCGAACCUGACUAGUGAUAUUUUCGGGUCAGUCGAAGUAAAGUCAAAGGCUGUUGCGAAUAAGUGGACCGAGCAUACUUUUGAGCUUGUGCCUGAAAGGGAUGCGCCCAACUCGAACAACACAUUCUCAAUCACCUUCGAUCCCAAAGGCACGAAAUCAGGCGCGCUUGACUUCAAUCUCAUCAGUCUCUUUCCACCGACAUACAAGAACCGCAAGAAUGGACUGAGGGUUGACAUCGCUCAAGCGCUUGCUGACAUGAACCCCCACUUCCUUCGUUUCCCUGGUGGCAAUAUGCUCGAGGGCCUUACGAACGACACUCGCUGGGACUGGAAGGACACGCUUGGUCCCCUGAACACCCGGCCAGGCUUCCAGGGCACCUGGGGUUACCAGCAGACGCACGGUCUUGGGAUCAUGGAGUACCUUGAAUGGGCCGAGGACAUGAAUUUGCAGAUUGUGCUUGGUGUCUGGGCUGGCCUCGCACUUGACGGGGGAGUAACUGCCAAGGAGGACCUCCAACCCUUCAUCGACGACGCCCUCGACGAAAUCGAAUUUGUUUCCGGCCCAGCAAACUCCACCUGGGGCGCACGUCGCGCCGCGCUCGGCCAUCCCGAGCCUUUCGAGCUCAACUACGUCGAGGUCGGCAACGAGGACUGGCUUGCCGGAUUCCCUGGUGGGUGGAACUCGUACCGCGAGUACCGAUUCCCCAUGUUCUUCGACGCCAUCACCGCCGCAUACCCACACAUCCAAGUCAUUGCGUCGGGUGCAUCGAGCGACCCCGCCCCAGGAGGCCCGACCACAGGCCCGAAUAAGGUCAACGGACUUGAAUUUCCAAAGGGUGCGAUCGGAGACUACCACCCGUACCGCGAACCCGAUGACCUGGUCGAAGAAUUCAACAGAUUCGACAACGACAUUGGCCAUAUCAUCGGGGAAGUCGCAGCCACGCACGUCAACGGAGGAAUACGCUGGAACGGAACUCUAUACAAGUACCCAUGGUGGAUUGGCGCCGUUGGCGAAGCCGUCUCUCUCAUCGGGUAUGAAAGAAACUCUGACCGCAUCCCGGGCACAUUCUACGCGCCAGUAUUGAAGAACGUGAACCGAUUCCAAUGGCCUAUUACGCUACUACAGUAUGGCGCGGAUCCGAAACUGACGACCAAGGCGGUUACCUGGUAUUGCUGGUCUCUCUUCGCUCACCACCCCAUUUCGAGCACUUUGCCAACUACUUCUAACUCCAGCUACGGACCGCUCUACUGGGGUGCUGGAAAAGACGACAAGAGGAGUGGUGCACUAGUAUGGAAGGGCGCUGUGUUCAAUACUACGAACGGUGUAGAUGUGCCUGUUUCUGUGCACUUCCAGGGCGUUACACCGGGUACCAAGGCGAACUUUACGUUGUUGACGAACGCUGUUGGCGAUCCGUACAUGUACAAUGAUCCGUUUACGGGUAUCAAUAUUGUCAACACGACGACUACGCUGCUUUCGGCGGGAAGCAGCGGGGCUUUUGAGUUCAGUAUGCCGCAACUCAGUGUUGCGGUGUUGGAUACGGAUCCUGCUGGGGUUGGUGCAGGUGGAUACAAAAUGUAG